UCCGAUCAGCUUUGCUGGCCAGUGAUCAACUCCGCUCCUCCACAGCCACUUCCACAGCAAGACAAUGCUGCAGUUCAUACUCAUAGUGGUCUUAGGUCUAAGUCUGGGCAAUGCUGCGGGCCAGGAAUUGCGCCGUGUGGACGACACGGAGUUGAUUCAGCUCCUCACCGGCAGCAGCAAUGUGGUUGUCCUAUUCAACAAAAACAAUUGCCAGCGGUGCCUGGAGUACGAGAAUGUGGUCACGAAGAUACAUCCCCAGUUGGAGGAGACCUUGUCGGCCAUAGUGGUUCAGUCGGUGGACAGCAACCUCGUUUCCAUCUACGACCCCAGCAAGGAACCGGCUCUGGUCUUCUUCAGGCGAGGAAUACCCAUCCUCUACCACGGCGAGAUAAACGAUGACGAAAUCCUAGACUUCUUCAAUGACAAUUUGGAGCCAGCGGUCAAAGAGCUUUCCGACGACAACUUUGAGCAUCUCACGCAAGCCUCAUCGGGGGCCACCACCGGAGACUGGUUUAUCUUCUUCUCUUCCGCCGAGUGUACCGUGUGUCAGCGGCUCUAUGCCGUCUGGGAGUCGGUGGGCGGAAAGCUCAAGCGAAAGUUGAACAUAGCCCGCAUGAACAGCUUGGAGUCUGGAAUCUCAACGGCCAAGAGACUGGGAGCUUUGGCCUCGCCGGCUUUUAUUUUCCUGCGCCAGGGAAAGAUGUAUAAAUACACGUCCAAGCAAUACACUCCCGAGGCCUUUGUCCAGUUCGCCGAGAAGGGCUACCUAACCCAGAGCCAUCCUGAGCCGGUGCCAGAAAUUCCCAGUGCCGUGAACGAGUUUUUGGGACCUCUGCAGAGUUAUUUCAAAUCUGAAAACAUAACUUCCCUGGCAACCUUGGGCAUUGUGGCUCUGGUGGCCAUCAUAUUUGUCACAAAGAAGGUGGCCAAAAUAUUCAGUGCAGAACCAGUAAAAACGAAAAAUAAAUCGAAAUAAACUAUAUAUUUUUACUAAAACAAAAA